AUGUACGGGUCACCCUUUUCAAACAAUAAUCGUCUGAAGACGCUGACACCAUCCCAUUUUAGAGACAGCGCCAGAAAUGCCAUCUAUCAACAAUUACCACCGUCAGUAAUAACAUCACCUCCUGCAAAUGGAGGAGCAGGAGGAGGAGGUGGAGCAAGCGGCGGUGCCGCUUCAAUACGAUCGGCCCCGCCAUUAAACCACAACAGCAAGUAUCAAAUGUCGCAUCGAAGUUCGUCAUCAAGCAUAUUCUCCAGCAUAUCGGGAAAAAGAUCUGUCCGGUCAGCUCCUUCCAUAUAUUCUAGCUCCACCGCCACCAUACCAGAAGAUCUGGAACCAAUAUCGACCACGGUGGAACAAUUAGUCAACGAUAUUGCCUUGCAUGAGUCGCAUUUCCAACAGCAACAACCUAGUGAGAAGCCGGUUGUAGGAGACGACCUCGAUCCAGAAGAAAUGUACAAGAUAUCACUUGGUUCGGACUUACAAUAUCAAAACGUCAGUGAAUCGUUAAUUGAUUGGAAUUUGAAUGUUACUCGCUGUAAAUUAAUAAUUACCCAACUACCAGUUAUAUCGACCAUACCUGAUUUUCAAUAUAAUCAAAAUGCAUUACCACAGUUAAUUGGUGACUUAGCCAGUUCAUGUCAUAUUGUAUUAAUACAACCGCAUAUAUCCGACAAGGAAUUAAUCUAUACCUUGUUCACAUCCAAUUUAUACCAAGAACAUAACCUCGAUACCAGUUUUAAGAAAUCAGUAGCAGAAAUAUCCGUUAAGCAAUCCCGAUUAUUACAAAUAAAUAGCGGCAAGGGAAUAAGCCAACAUCAACAUUCAUUUUUAAAGUUCAAAUUUAAAGAAAUUGCCAUCCGGAAUUAUUUAAUCAAUUUGGCCGCUGCUGCUACCACGGCUCAUGAAUAUAAAUUAAGAUUAGACCAACUAAAGAUGGAAUUAAGAACUAUCGAAGGCAAGAAAGUCAAGUUAUCUAAAGAAGAUAAGAAACAAUUGUGGGAAAAGGUUCGUCUGGAUGUUUUCCAACGAGCGGGAUUGGAGUAG